AUGGAAGCAGUGAAACCCAAAGCCAAGAAAAAGUCAAGCAGUAAAAAACCCCUACCGAAGCCACCUUCCGUUGAGUUGCAGGAAGUGGAACCUAUUGUUGAUUUAGCGUCAGAAGAGAGAGAGGGACCAGCCUCACCAUCACCAACAGUUUCACCACUGGUAUCGUUAUCGGAGUACGAUCAGCCGACGCAAGACAAAGAAAACCACCUUAGCAAGCAACCCGAACAAUCGAUUGUUCCAGAAGCUGGUGAAGACGCUCCAUCACAGGACAGUGGAAAAACACCAAUACACGAUGAAAAGACCGAUGCAGAAUUGUGCACCGAUUUCGCCCCAACUGCUCCUCCGCCAUGCGUUGCACCAAUCGCCACUCUAUCCCCCAUGCUGUAUCCGGAUCUGAGUCAGCUCAAACUGGAAGCAAAUAUCAGGCAAACGAUAGUUCCUGAUGCAACGAACGCGAUCAAACAGAGCUGUAUUAGUGUGCCGCGUACUCGCACACUGUAUCUACAGUGUAUCCAGCAAAUGGAGGACAUAUCCCUGCAGACCGACCGGGAGCAUCUAAACGCGCUGGAGCAACAGUUCGUGGUGUCAGAAAAUCCGCACGCUGUAGCUAAAGACCCGAGUGGCUAUCAUGGCGAUCUGAAUCUGUGCAUACAAUCGUACCGUGAUGCGUAUCAUAGCUACUGCGACAACGUUAAGAAGCAAGCGGUGACCCACCAGGAAAUUUCAUCCCUGCGCCAUUUAUGUUGGAACUUUAGGCAGGUAAAGUUCAGUGGGUCUGGAUUUUGUGACGAUGGACGAAUGGUGCAUACAUCACGUAAAAGCCGUGUUGCGUCGCUGAACCACGAAACGUGCAAGGAAAUGAAGAGUUCUAUGGCCUCCCUGGUGGAGCGAUGUGUCUCGAAGGCAAAGGAUGCGUUCAUACACCUGCACCACAGUCGCGCGAUGGUGGAGAAGAAUGUUUGUGAUCCACCGAAACCUGGUCAAGAUUGUACGCUUGUGUGGCGCAUUAAGCUACGCAUCGUUGGCAAUGCGUUGCGUAACGAGAUGCACCAGAACGGUUGUGACCAGGGGGAACAGUGCGAAUAUGUGCAGGAUUUACGCAAAUGGUUCCUGCAGUUGGGUACGCUGUUGCUACGAACCGGUAACGUUGAUGAUCGCGUUUGGUUGAUGUUUCACCUGUUACGAUUUCCCAACGGGAUCGGUACAUGGGCCCAUGUGCUGGUGCAUCCAAUUCCGUUCGCGAGCGUACAAUCGAGACAAGAGCUACCGGAGAGUGAAUUACAGGCUGUCCUCACAUUGAUACAUGUUCUUCUGCGACCGAUCAUCGAGCGACAAACAUUCCUUGCGCCGGUUGAGGAUAGUGCGGGACCGACACAAACACCCCACGGGAUCGGAACAUCGGCAGGGAAGCCCGGCGAUACCUUCGAAUGGGUUGAUAGCGACGGAGAGGACAGCGCCACAGACAACCGAAUCCGACCGAUCAAGGAGAGCGAUUUGCUGGCACUGCUCGAGCAAAUACCGUUUCAGCGACUGUUUGACACAAUUACUGCUCGUGCGAUGCAUCGUGUGCUAAGCGGAGAUGUAAAGCAACUUCCCACCACCGAAAUGUUGCGUCUGAUCACGUUCGCCAACAAGGUGGUCGCUAUACUUGGUGCCGGAUUGUCCACGUACGGUGGUGUCGCACGGUACAGCCAUUUUGUGCAACGAUUGGCACUGCUGAUAAACGAUACUGUAAAGUUCGUGAGUGACGUACUGCGCUUGUAUCGCGACUCGCAUGGUACGCAAGCGACGGAAGAAGUAGAGCUGGUACAGGUACAUUUCGAUACGCUCGUAUACGGUGCGGCACGCUGCAUCUACAGCGGUGGUGUAUCGCUAUCACGGCAUCUAUCCACACUGCCGUUUGCCUUACUGAGUUCACGCGCUUGCUGGUGGGUGUUUCGUUGUUUGUUGAACCGUAAUUUUAGCCUAAGUCCAGAUUUUGAGGCAGAUGGAAAACAUCUUUCACACACCUAUUGUACAGCAAUGGAACAGUUUGCCAGAGAGCUACCCAACGAGGCACCACACGAUCUAUACAAUGUGCUGAAACCGUUCGUAGAUCUAGCGCUCGCAAGAGAUUCAUCCUUUGAUCGGGAAUUUAUUGCUACUAUCACGAAAACAUUGUUUGAGCUGCUAGCAUCGGUUAGCGCCAACGAGAUGGUCUGUGCCGAGAUCAUAAUGGAGCAGAUACACAUUAUACUGGAGCAGAACUCGAUCGUGCUUUCGGUCCUAUUGGAAACGCUUUCCACGCACGAUACGCAACAAUCGCAAAUCACCGCUAAUGUUUGGCAAAUGAAGGGAACCAGGCUGUUGGAGGUGUUUAGUGGCAAAAAGAAGCUGGUAAUGCGCUGGCACCCAACAGAAACGGAUAUUUAUGUGUUGCUUCAGAUGUUGCUGAACUACGCACGUGCGCAUAUAUAUCAUAAGCUUGCGCUUGGACUGCUGAUGUACAUAAAUUAUGGCGACAUUAGCGAAUUAUGUGUGCCACUACAGAUUCAAACUCGCAUAGCGUACAGUGUCGUUGCAGCGUUUCGAAAGAACAAACCAGCAGCAAAAGUUGAUCCGGACAGUGCGGAAGGGAUGGAAAAUAAGAGCUACGAAGAGCGUUGCUUGUUCGUAUUGCUGCAGCUGCGAGUGCAUGCUCUCGAUCAACCGCUACACAUCGUGCGUCAUUUAAUGAGUGAUCCGUCCACUGCCGACCUCCAACACAUAGCUGCUCUCGACCAAUUCCCGGACGUGAAAGCGGCUAUUGACGAACGAUGUCCGGUGGCGUGCCUUACUGCCUUGCUAACCACCACCACAGGUCACUGGGUGCCUGUAUUCUGUCAGGAUGGAGUAAAUCUACUGAAACUACUUCUGGAGCAGCGAAAUCUCGAUACGAUUGUCGUACGGUGCCUUGAGCUUAUUAGCCUUCUGUUUAUCGAAUGCCCGCAAGCACUGUCCGGUAAUGAGCGGUUCAUCGCGCUACUCGCACAGCUCGUGGAGAGUGACGACGAACUAGACUGGGCGCGACACACCACCGAUGAGCAGCAGCAGUCCAGUUUCGCACAUGACCUGCUUAGUCAGGCAAAAAUUGGCAAAAUGGGAUCGAUGCUUGUUUCCCAAGCGGUGUCGUACUGGCGAUGUGGAUACGCUACUCCACCAUUGCUAAUCUGCAUGUGGUGUGAUUGGUUAACGCAACUAUCUAGCUGGACCAACAAUGCUAAGGUGUUGAGGUUGCUGAACGUACUAGCUGCCAUUUCAUUCGGUCACGCCGAAGCUUGGAACGCACUGCGCCACAAAAUGCGUCCAUUUUUCAAGUCACUGUCCCAGGCGAAACAAAAGCAACCCGGCAUACAUUCGCUCUGGUCGAAAAUCAUCGGUACAGAGCCACCGUUACUAUACGGCACACUGCCGAGUGAUUGUGUUGCGCUGGCACUGCUAGUGUACGGUAUCGAGCACCAACAGCUGGAACUGGAGACGGAACUGUGGACGAAGUUGUUGCGCAUGCUCAAACGAAACAAAGCCAUCAAGCUGGAUGCGGCACUCAGGGAGGUGAAUGUGCACUUGCGGAUACGUGAGGAAGAUUUCUGUCCCUCGGUCGAUUCGCUGGUGUUCUUUAAGGUUGCUCGAUUUUUGGUGCGUGCCAACGUCGAACAUCCGCUGUAUCUAGCUGUCUGUCAGUUGUUCUUUACCAUUUAUCUGACGCGCGUUACGGACGUUGGCGAUGAGGUGCACGGUGUUUCGGAUCGACUGUACGGUUACGAUACGACAUUAAUGGAGAAAAUGAAGCAAAAACUUUGCAAUCUAGAAUUGCAUUACCAUAACAUGCAGGAAACGAACAACGAUGCAAUCCCAAUGUUGCGACUGGUAAAAGCGUUUCAACUAUGGUUAAUUGAUACGGACCUUAAUCGUUUCGCCAUGGAUGAUGCCAUCAACCUACCUAUACAGUACGAUAAAGAUCACCUGCAAGCGACCCUUACUGGUGUUAAUGAAUGUUGGCCAGAGUGCUUGAAUCGACAGAGCACAUUAACGAUACACCGUAUCAUGACGGAGCGCUGGUACAAUCUCUACCGAGUGGUCCCGAACCCUCCAUCGGCAGAUGAUAAACCGCCUGCGAUCAAACAAUUACUCUCACCUGUGCAAGCAAUUCAACGGCGGUUGGAAAAUUGCUACACAAACCUGCCACAGAUACCCAUCACAGAAAGUAAUGCCGAUUCGCAAGAUCUUAUCGAUGCGCUGCAGAAACCCCCAAAUGUACGUGUGAAGCGUAUCACCGAGAGCUUACGAAUCGUAAAGCAGUUCAUUGACAAAACCUACUGGUCGCAGAAGGCGGAACUGGACCAACGCCAACACGAUCUGUGCGCGCUGUACCAGCAGCUGUACGUGAACGAGGACAAACAAAUCAUUGAGCAGGCGAAAUGCAGCAUACUGUACUGCACCGGUGCCGCAUCGGUGAAGUUACACACCAAAUGUGCUGCAAUAGACAAGACCGUAGAGGACCGUAUUGCCGGUAGGCUGAACGGGUUGCAAAUGUCGAUGAAGAUGGCCAUCAACAUACCGCCUUACAUAAUGAAACACACUAUUUUGCUGCGGGAGCUGUGGAACAGCCUGUUCAUAGACUACUGUACGGAGACGGAACAGGUAACGGUACAGGUACUGAAUGGCGCCAUCCGUACAAUGUUGCGCACGCUGCUCCACGAAGUGUCCGAUGCUAACUUCGUGCCACCGUUAACGUUUGUGGUACGAUUUAGUAUGGAUACGUACAAAAGUGAUCUUACGAAUUUACUGCUUGAAGAGGUGUGUCAGCUGUUUGCCGGUGCGGUGGAGGAUGGUCGAAAACCAUCCAACGUAAUCGUUGCGAUGCUGGACAAUAUUCGCAUACCGGUACGGGCACUGCUGCAGGUGUACAGUCAGCUGGUGAAGCAAAAGCACGGCAAUCUGGAAAGGAAUCUGUUUGUGGAACUGUUCGAUGAAAAGCUCAAUCUAUAUGGUUGGCUAAUGGAGCAUAAUGUAACAACUGAGGAUGUGGAUCAGUUUGCCAUGCUAAUAGUGAUUGGGCUUCGCACAUCACACGCGACGGAUAGCGUUAGUCUGGUCCGUUCCGAAGAGCAAGCCGAAACGGAUAAGCGAUUUUGCAAGCUGUUAAUUUCCCAUCUGGUGCUUCUGGCCAAUAGCACAUUUCCGCAGCAUUUCGGUAAAAUGGUGCAGCACACCUUAAACGCAUACUCGGAAUUUCCUACACUGCCGCCGAUGAUGUUGCUCGAGCUGUUGAAUCUGCUCCGCUCCAGGGCGCUACUUUGCGAUCUCCAACUUGGGAUGCUGGAGAACUCACUGCAACAAGCACAUAGCCAAUUUGCCGACUCAAACAGGACAGAACCGGUGCUGAGUGUGAAGGUGUUGGAAUAUUUAAUGGUCACAGUGACGGAACACUUUGCACGGCAGCAUGAUAUGGCGUACCCAUGGAAUGGUAUAUACAGACGGCACGGUGCGUAUGUGGAGGUGCUUGGAAUGCUGCUGGGUAUGUUUUCGUACAGUUUACUUGCGUACGGCGUGAAAUUCAAUCGGAACCGGCCUGAUGUGUGCGAUCAUCUGCUGCCAGUCGUUUGCCGCAUGUUUGAACCAUGGGUUGUACCGUACGGAGCAGCUACGUCCACUCAACCGGUUGGUUUGUCAUCGACCUUCAGUUACACCAAAUCAGCUGCAGCAUCCGGCAACGAAUCGUCGCGACAUUUUAACAACGAUAAAGCCAAGUGGAUGUUUUCCGCGUUGCUGCACACGAUCGAAUACGCAAUCGAGAAGGUGGCUGACGAUUGUAGCCAAAUACUGUUUUACUUCCUGAACUGGUAUCUGGAGUGGUUCGUCAAUCCUCAGAUGAUGAUUUCCGCCCUGUACGUGUAUAACACGCUCGUGCUGGAUCUGCCCUGGGAGCGUUUGCAGCCUUCCGAAAUGUUGAUCGAGCGGAUGCACAGCCUACUGGAACACAACAGUCCCGAGUGUCAUGAAUUUUUGGCUUGUGUGUUUGUACGCUGCUGCUGGCAGGAAGAGAAGCACAAACCAGUGCCAGCCUGGUUGCAACGAAACCAUGCCUCAACGCUGGCCAUCUGCGUACGUAUUGCCUACGAACCGGUGAUACGGUCCGAAGCCAAACUACGCACUGCGAUGGUACGACUGUUGCAGUAUUUCGCACGCCUGUCAUGGGAAACACUGCACGUGGCUGAACUAACACCCGCACUGGAUUGGUUCGUCAUGACCGCGGAAGCGGAUAGCAUGCUGCGCACACCCAAAUCACCGUGUCGUGAGCUAGACGACGCACUGCUCGAAUUCCUUGAAAUCGUUGCCGGAAUGCGUUUCAACGAAGCCAACCGGCUUGUUUCGGGUGGUAUGCAACUGCUAAAACGUAAACUUUACAUCAGUGUCGCCGUGCGAAUGUUGAUAAACGCCGGCAGAGCAUCCGGUAUGGUGGCAACCGUUAAGCCCGAGCUAGCCGGAUCCGUACGGCAGUUGCUACGUACGAUAGGGGUUGUGUUGGAAGGUUUACCACUAGCACGGGACACUGGUACCACCGACUGCCCACGUUCAACCGAGACACGUGCCAUGACAGUUGAGCUGCUGACGAGUAUCAAAAAGUGGCAAACGGAGUACACGUUAAGUCUUUUUAUAGAUGAACUUAUUCACAUGCUGGAAACCGAUACCAAUGCACGGCUAUUGACACGAUACGUGCUCGAGUUAGCAUCGCUGUUGGACAGUCCUGCAGUACCUUGGCUUCGUUUGCUUGAGAAGGCUGUCGGCCAUAGUUUGUGUCCCAACGGAACGGUCUUUGCUUCCACAUGGCUGCAAAUAUUAAAUGCCAUCGGGUAUACGGCAAUCGAACGGUGGCAAAAUGAGGUGCUGUUACAAAAUUGUUUUCCAUUGUGCCUGGAACUGCGCUUCCUUCACCGCUGGGCAAAAGAACGGUGCGACCCGGUAGGUCAGCUCAGGUGUUUGAAUCAACUGCUAGCAACGCUGUCCGAGCUAAAAAUCAGCGAACCAGUCGAGUAUCAACUUUAUCCGCUUUGGUGCACCCUAACCUACAGCCUGGUCACGAUGCAACCGGAACCGGAUGCAGCGUUCCGUACCGCAAUCGGGCUGUUCGGUACGGUUAGUGAGAACAGCACAUACGGGGUGGUGGGCAUGUUGAAGAAAAUACUCUGGAAGGAUAAACAAACAAACACCCGCAUCAGUGCCACUCGCUGUCUGAUCGGGUGUGCGUUUGCCGUACUACUCGCACAGGUUUAUGCUCGUCGCGCACCCAAACAAACGUCCGACACGCCCGAAACCGACGAUUAUAGCGAUACCGGUAAUGGCGCUGCGGAACCAUUCACGCUACCGAAGCUGUGGAGCGCACCGGAAAAACGAGCCACGCGCGAAAGAAUCCUGUCCGCGGCGAUGGAACAUUUCAAAAGCACAUGCGGUGCAUCCGGGCACAAAGACUACCACGGCCGGGUUAUUGCGAUCGUAGAAACGGUUUGUGGGACGGAUGAACCGUACCGUAUCUUUCAGCACGCCAAAGAUGUGAUCCUUUUGCUAGAUAGCCGACCGGAACCAUUGCUUAACACGCUCCUGGAAGCGAUUGCCACGCGAUAG